CGGGAAAGAAUAUGAGAAUGGGGUCACUAUCAGAGAGGGUGGAUUUGGAAAAGUAAUGCUAGUGACACGAGUAAAGGACAACAAAAAGUAUACCCUAAAAGAAUUCAAACCUAGCCUGGGAGAUAUUGAAAAGGAAAUAAGAGUUCUUGUUAUUUUAAAAAUACAUCCGUUCAUCCAGCAUCUUCAUGGGUCUGACUUAACGGAAUAUCCCAUUCUAACACAUUGCACUCCCUGGCAAUGUAUCAACCUCAAUGGCUCAGGUUAUAAGCGAUCCCAAGAAGUACUCAUUAACACAUUCUGACUAUAUAUUACAAUUCGUUGGUCUUUUGGAUGCUGUAAACUACGUCCAUUCCAAUGGACUUCUUCACAACGAUAUAAAG